AUGAAGGGUUUACUUAAACUUAAUACUCCUGUAUGUGUUAUUAAGGAUGGUAAUAUUAUCAAAUUAGGUGUUAUAACAAAUAUAGAAGAAUCUAGAAAAUCUGUUAAUGUGGCUAAGAAAGGUGCCAAAGUAGCUGUUAAAAUUUCCAAUGAAGAAACAAACAUCAUUUACAAUAGACAUUUCUCUAUUAAUGACUCAAUUUACUCAGUUGUCACUAGAAAGUCUAUUGAUACUUUGAAACAGUAUUUUAAGGAUGAACUUGAUGAGGAUCAAAUUCAGUUAUUGUUUUAUUUAAAGAGAGUUUUUGAUAUCAUUUGA